AUGGCUGCAAAUAAUAGAACUUUAAAGGAGUUGGCUGCCCCUGAUUUAAAUCAACAGCCUUUGUGUAUUGAGUACCCUAUAUUAGAUGCUGCUUUUGAACUAAAAUCGGGACUAAUACAUUUAUUACCCACCUUUCGUGGUCUUGUAGGGGAGGAUCCGCACAAGCACUUGAAGGACUUCUAUGUGGUGUGUUCAAGUUUGAUGCCAAUGGAUAGGAGUAUGAUAGAUGUAGCUAGUGGAGGCUUCUUGGUGGACAAAACAUCGGAGGCUACGAAAAAUCUGAUUUCCAACAUGGCAGCAAAUUCUCAACAAUUUGGAACAAGGAUGGAUCAUACACCUAAGAGAGUGAAUGAGGAGGAUUUUGAAUUGAGAGAUGAGGAUGAGUUGGAGGUGGUGCUUAGUCAAGGUUUGAGGGAGUCUGAUACAGCAUUGCAACUGAUUUCUGAAGUUGAAGAGAUAAUUAUGGCGUUGCAAUCAUUGCCUUCAAUUCCUAAAAGAGGUAUUGAGGUAGAUAAGGCUAAGAUUGAUUUAGUUGUGAAUUUACCAUAUCCCACAAGUGUGCGAAAAGUGCGUUCUUUUCUAGGCCAUGCAGGUUUUUAUCGAAGAUUCAAUAAGGACUUCUCGAAGAUUGCCCUGCCAUUAUCUAUAUUGCUGCAAAAAGAGGUGCCCUUUGAGUUUAGCCAAGAGUGCAAGGAAGCUUUUGAUAAGUUAAAAUCUGCAUUAACCAUAGCUCCCAUAAUUCAACCUCCUAACUGGACUCUGCCAUUUGAGAUAAUGUGUGAUGCCAGUAAUUAUGCAGUAGGAGCUGUUUUAGGGCAACAAGUUGGCAAGCAACCUCAUGUGAUUCAUUAUGCAUCCAGAACACUCAAUUCGGCUCAGUGCAAUUAUUCGACAAUUGAAAAAGAGCUUUUGGCUAUUGUGUUUGCAUUAGAUAAAUUUCGGUCAUAUUUACUUGGCUCUAAAGUUAUUGUGUUUUUUGACCAUGCAACUUUGAAACAUCUCUUGGCAAAGAAGGAGUCGAAGCCUAGACUAAUUAGAUGGAUUCUUCUUUUGCAAGAGUUCGAUCUUGAAAUCAAAGACAAGAAGGGAGCUGAGAACCUAGUUGCUGAUCAUUUGAGUAGAUUGGUGAGAAAAGAGAAUUCUGAACCAUUGCAAGAAUUUUUCCUUGAUAAGCAAUUAUUUGCUCUGCGAGUGGAUUAUGUUUCGAAAUGGGUGGAAGCAAAGGCCACCAAAAUUGACGAUUCUAAAGCUGUUGUAGGUUUUAUCAAGUCCAACAUUUUUAGCAAGUUCGGCAUACCAAGAGCAAUGAUUAGUGAUCAAGGAACCCACUUCUGCAAUCGGAUAGUAGAAGCUUUAUUGAAGAAGUAUGGUGUUUUUCAUAAAAUAUCUACAGCUUAUCACCCCCAAACAAAUAGUCAAGCUGAGAUAUCCAAUAGAGAAGUAAAAUCCAUCUUAGAAAAGAUCAUGAAGCCGAACAGAAAAGACUGGAGCCUUAGACUUGAUGAUGUAUUAUGGGCUUACAGGACAGCAUAUAAGACACAUAUUGGGAUGUCUCCUUAUAGGUUAGUCUUUGGUAAGUCAUGUCAUCUUCCUGUCGAGCUGGAACACAAUGCUUAUUGGGCGGUUAAGAGUUGCAACAUGGAUAUGGAUGAAGCUGGUGUGCAAAGGAAGCCGCAAUUGCAAGAAUUGGAGGAGAUACGACUUGAGGCAUAUGAGAAUUUGAGAAUUUACAAGGAUAAGACCAAGGCAUUUUAUGAUAAGAUGAUUGCUAGGAAGCAAUUUGUGGUUGGACAGAAAGUCUUGUUUCAUAAUUCAUGA